AGAGAGAGAGAGAGACGAUGCUGCCGCUAUAAUCAACGGAACAUGGCUGCUCCAUCUCCAGCCCUAUCCUAAUACACCAAAAAAUAUAAAGGUCGACACACAAAAAAAGAAAAGAAAAUGAAAACAUCGAGGGCGUUUAAGAUAGAUGCGUUUAAGAUAGUUGCGUUUACAUACAUUUUUUGGGUGGGGGAGUGCAUGUGUAUAUGUAUGAGAGAGAGUGAAAGAGCAAGAGAGAGCGAGAGUAAGCGUGCGUGUGUGUUCUGGUGAGAAGGGAAAUAAAAAAGACAGGAGACCGGGGGCAGCCAGCUCGAAGCGGCAAGCAGCACCAAGCCAUGGAGGGCGACGUGCGUGUCCGAGCAGUGGUGAUGACACGUGACGAUUCUAGUGGUGGCUGGGUGCCCCUUGGAGGUGGCGGCCUCAGCCACGUUGUCAUCUGUAAAGGGAGGAGUUCUGAAAGCCAAGGGCAGAAGGAGUAUGUCAUACGUGGAGAGCGGCUGCGCGAUCGAGCACCCGUGCUUGAAUGUUCCAUUCAAAAGGGUCUGAUCUACAACAAGGUGAACCCCAUCUUCCAUCACUGGCGUGUGGAGGAGAGGAAGUUUGGCCUGACCUUCCAGAGUCCAGCUGAUGCCAUUUCUUUUGAGAAGGGUCUUCAAAUUGUCCUUGACAGGCUGGACAAAGGCUUUGAUUCUCCUUCUUCCUCCACACCAGAAGAAGGAGACACUGAAGAUGAUGGUCAAACAUCUCACACAGGCAGUGAGUCAUCCUCCAACAGCAGAAAGGAGAUGUUACCCAAGCCCAUCACCAUAGUCACUAGUGAGUCCUCCACUUGCUUUGUCCACUCUGCUGCAGAGGAAUUUGGGUAUGGGGAAGGGCAUGCCAUCACUUCUCAGACCCCUGGACAGGUCCAUAGGCGGUCCUGCCAGCACCAGCUUUCCCAAGUAUCAGCUGUAUUGAACCCCCCAGCCCCUCCUCCUCCUCCUCCUGCUCCCCCAACCUCCCCUCUAGCACCCACAACCUCUUCGCCCUUGUCCCCACUGUCCCCUACUGUGUCCUUGCUGGAAGAAGGUGACUUACGCAGUAUUGAUCCAUGCAAAGAUUUAUGGGGCUCACGUGGUUAUGAGGACUACCGACGUGCUGGGGCAACACGGACCAAAGUUGGGGGCUUGACAGGAGGUGUCAUGGUAGGAAGUGGAUCAGACAAGUCAGAACUGUGUGUGGUGCACUUUGAGAAAGAACUAGCCAGUGUGGGAACUACAGGCUGUGAGGUCAAUGUUAUGCUGGACACCAAAGGUUCUCGGCGCCACUCCUCCUCACCAACCUGUAUGCCAAAUGCCAUGUCUGGAGCAUCUCCUGUAAGUGGCUCCCCACAGGAGACAGGCAAAAGCUCACCCUCACCAUGCUGCAUCCAUACUUCACUUGCCACACCCCGCUCUCGGACUCGCAAAAGAGGGGGCAGUGGGACCAGUGGGGGGGGGGAUGCCAUCUCACCCGAUGAUGACAGCCCAUGCCCACAAGGCUCGUCCUCAUGCUCAUCACGAUGUGUGUACUGUCGCUCUGUCUUUAGUGCCUCAGAGAACGGACGUGGCCGCUGCCGGGAUGCACCGGAUCCAGCUCUACACUGCCUACGCCAGUGGACGUGUGUAUGGUGUGCUGAGAGCCUGCUUUACCACUGCAUGUCAGAUUCUGAAGGAGAGUUUUGGGAGCCAUGUUCCUGUGAAGACUCGCUGGGGCGUAGGCCACACCCACUCUGCUGUGCCGGCUGGAUGGCACUGCUGGCACUGUCACUCUUUGUGCCCUGCAUGUGCUGCUACCUGCCUCUGCGAGCAUGCCUGCGCUGUGGGGAAAGAUGUGGCUGCUGUGGUGGAAAGCACAAGGCUGUGCGAUGAGAGCUGGCUUUGGGAGGUUAUCAGGCCAGGGAGAGGUUGGGAGAACAAUUUUUCUCAUCUAAAGAAUAGCUGUAGAGCAAGACGUCUCUCCCUACAAUCCUCUGCUGCAUUCCGUUUGUACCAGGACCCUUAAUGGUGGUGCCAUCACACAAUGCACUGGGAAUUUAGCAUUGUGCUCUUCAGAGUGAUGACAACACAGGAAGAUGGCUCCCACCGCCAGCUUUUCUCAGCUCUGACUGACUGUUGUUCAGGCAUAUAGAAGGUGAAUGCUGAAAACACCAAUGUGUAAAGUUUUUUUUUUUGUUUUUUUAUGAAGACAAUACAAGGCAAAAUUACAUUACAAAAAUGUAUAUCUAUCUUUCCUUGACAAUGAGAAAUAUUUGUUAUCUCUCUCUCUAUUAUAUAUAUAAUUUAUGGACAUGCUCCCUUUUUACCUCUUUACAGUUUUGCCUCAAUGUUCCAGACAGGAAAACAGGUUAGAGAGAAAAAACAUAGAAAGAGAUUUUAAAAAAAAGGGGCAUUGCAUACUGACUUUGUGUUUUUGGAGCAUUUUCAGAAAAGGACAAUUAUGAGAAUACUGUUCAUAAAGAAUUAUGAUUUGAUAUUACAAUGAUUGUAAGGUUACUUAUAUCUAGGAUCAUUGCAAUGCACAAAUGCACACAAAUUUCAGAAAAGUGGAAUUGUUUUUUAAUGUCAGAAACCAAACCUAUUUUGAAAUUGCAAAAUAACUACCAACAUUAGAGUGAUCAACAUUUGCUUUGAUGUGCAGAUUACAAAAUCCUACAAAUAAAGUAAUUAAUAAUAUAAUGAAAAUUUAUACUUUUAUUAGUACUCUGUUGAUAAGAACAGGGGCAAUGGAAAAUGAAGGCCUGUCAUAGAGAACAGGAAAUAUUGUUGAAAAAGUUGAAAUUGUUCAGUAAGUUCAGUAAAGUCAGUAUCUGCACAUGAAGAAAUGAUCACUCAUUUGCAUACACUCAUGGUGUAUACAGAAGCCCAUCCCAGGAAAUGUUUGGCCAAUUUUAGUGCAAUUCUGUACAAUAUCACUAAUUUGUCACUGUAAUCAAUUGCAAAGUGACCUUUUUAGAGAUAUAGUAAUAUAUAAUUUAAGCUGAUUAUCAGUCCUAUAAAACCAAACCAUUUAUGCAGGGAUUGUUCCAG